UACCAGAGCCGAAUCGGACACAGUGCGGACAACAGAACACCCUGCGUUGGUGCAAAAGUGCCGCCCGGAAAGGGAUAAUACGUCGGCCGACCGGCCGGUCGCAACAUUAGCCCAGCAGAAAACCGUGCAGUGCAACACAAAAAAGAGAGAAAAGAAGAAAAAAAAGCAAAAAAGUGCUGCAAAAAACGCGCCCCGAAGUGUGAGUGAGUGUGCAAAACGUCACGAAUUGUUAGUGUAGGUGCAGUGUUUGAGAAACGGUCCGCGUGUUUCUGCUUUGGAAAGGAAAAGGAAAUAAAAACGCAGGCGAGGAACCCUCGCCGUGAGGAAAACCGAGAAAGAAAAAAUUACAACCUCAAUUCAAAAAGUGUGUGAUUUGUAACGAAAACAACAAAAAAACGGUGAAAGUAAAGCAGCAAAUCCUGAAGAGGAAAAAAAAACACACACAACAGUUUUGUUAAACAUCAAUCAAUCAAAUAGUGAAACAAAAUCCUGUGCAGUAGUGCAAGUGUUUGUUUUGUGCAAGAGUGCAACAGUGCCGAAAGGAAGCAGCCAAUCCUCAAUCCAACCAGCGCGCACAGAGAGAGAGCGCGCGCGGUAGCGCUCGCACGCGCGGAAAGGACGCUCCAACCAACCUCAGCACCAACCAUACACCCAAAUUGCCAGCCAGCCGUCAGAACCGCAGCCUGCGAUGGCUAAAUUUAUCGCGACACUUUGUCUCCUGUGGCUGUCGGUGCUGGUGCUGGUCGGGUUCGCCGCCCGACCGGUGGCGGCCCGCCGCCACCCGCUGCUGAUCGAGGACGAGGGAGCGCGCCGCAACCGGCCCGCAGAGUGCCAGUUUGGCAAGACCAUACGCGAGCUGCACACGACCUGGUUCGCCGAUUUGGGCCCCCCGUUUGGCGUCAUGUACUGCAUCAUGUGCGAAUGUGUACCGCUAGAGAACGAUUAG